AUGAAGACCUUCGCCUCUGUCCUCGUCGCCAGCUUCGCCGCCCUUGCCCAGGCAGUUAAGCUUACCAACAGCAACUACGAUGUUGAGGCCGGCCAGCCUUUCACCAUCACCUGGUCUGAUGCUCAGGGUCCUGUCACUCUCACUCUGAAGAACGGCCCCAGCACCAACCUGGUCACCGUCCAGCCCAUCGCAACUGGCCAGAGUGGUACUUCCUUCGUCUGGACCCCUCCUACUACUCUCCCCUCUGACCAGUACGCCAUCGAGAUCUCAGACGGCACUGGCACUCCCAACUACUCUGAGCAGUUCAGCCUGGCCACCGGCGUCACCGCCUCUGCCUCUGCCUCUGCCUCUGCCUCUGCCUCUGCCUCUGCCUCUGCCUCUGCCUCCGUCACUGCCACUGCCUCUGCCUCUGCCUCUGCCUCUGCCGCCACCUCGGCCUCCGGCACCACCACUGCUUCUCCUUCCAUCACCUCUUCCGGCUCCAGCUCUUCCACCUCUGCUGAGAGCAGCUCUGCUGUCUCGUCGGCUGCUAACUCCACGGCCACGACUAUCUCUACCAGCGCCCGUGCCAGCACUCAUCACAGCUCCGACAGCGAGCCCACCUCUGCUCCCACUACUGUCCCCAGCAGCGACUCUGUUCGCCUCGGUUCCCCCAUUGCCCUCAUCGGUCUGACCGUCGCGGCCAUGCUCUACUUCCAGUAA